AACUCCGUCAAUCCGAUCUGCUAAUCCUUCAACUCUUAAAACACUCCGAACUUACUCCAUAAAUCGGCCAAGUCGGCAAAAACACCGAGUUGCAUCAAUUGGCGGAUGAACUCCCUGUCGACAUUAGCCGCCAUUGGGCACCCCACGUUAACCCCAAGUGCUUCCCCUCGUCAUUGUCCCGAGAUGUGAGGUUAAUUAGGGUCCAUCAGCUCAUCAUGCCACCUCCACGUAGGCGGGACGAAGCGUGGCAAUAAGGGUCUUGAAGACAUGCUAGCCUGAAAAGUCUGGGAACCUCUCAGAAGCCGACCUUGGUAUUUCCUCUUAUCUCAUAUUCCUCGAAACUCCAUACCUUCGUAUUCUGAUUGUCAGGUUUUUAUCAUCACACAAUGGAGCCCAAGACCGGUCUCGUCCUCGGGUAUAAUGGAGUGCAUCCAUUCUCCAAGGUCAAGAUCACAGACCGGGGCUCGGUCCAGGAGCUGCUUCGAACGCUGUUGGACCCCCUCGAGCCCUUUUUCUCGCCAUUAAAGUCCCGUGUCAAAUGCCCAGGCGCAACUGCUGUCCGGUUCGACCAGUCUGCCUCUGAAGUUGAAGGCAUAUGCCGACCACUUUGGGGCUUGGCUUGCCUAUUGGCGGGUAAUGGAGAGUACCACGGCACUAAAUGGUGGGUUCAAGGGCUCAAGGCAGGAACUGAUCCCGAGAGUCCCGAAUACUGGGGAUAUCCACGCGAUAAUGACCAGCGCAUGGUCGAGAUGUGCCCUCUUGGCUUCGCCUUGGCUGUGGCACCUGUAUUCUGGCAGAACUUGAAUGAGAAGGAGCGCGGUAAUGUUGAGGCUUGGCUGGGAAACUCUGUAAAUGAGAAGAACAUGCCCAACACCAACUGGCUCUGGUUUCGGGUCUUUGCCAACCUCGGACUCAAGAAAAACGGCGGCAAGUUUUCUCAGGGGAGACUGGAUAGCGAUAUCAAGCACCUCGAUACGUUCUAUCGGGGCGAUGGCUGGUCCAAUGAUGGACCUGAAGGAAUCCACCAGAUGGAUUACUAUUCGUCGAGUUUUGCAAUUCACUUCCUCCAGCUCCUUUACGCCAAGUUAGCUGGCGACGAGGAACCAGAGCGAGCCAAAGAAUUCAAAAAGCGUGCCCAAAUGGCUGCACUCGAUCUCGUCCACUAUUAUGACAAUGAAGGCAGAUCCAUUCCUUUCGGCCGCAGUGUAGGAUACCGUUUUGCUAUGGUCUCAUUCUGGGGCGCGUUGGCGUAUGCUGGGGUCGAAUUACCGGCACCUCUGACGUGGGGAAUGGUGAAAGGCAUCGUUCUGAGACAUCUGCGCUGGUGGCAAACACAGCCUGAUAUCUGGAGUCCGAGUGGUACACUAACAAUUGGGUACUCAUACCCAAAUAUGUAUAUGGCCGAGAACUACAACAGCCCCGGCAGCCCGUACUGGGCGUGUCUGGCCUUCAUUUGCCUAGCGGUGCCUCCUGAACACCAUUUCUGGACCUCUGAGGAGGAACUGCCGGGAGACAGUAUUCCCAAGGUCAAAGCCCUGAAACAUCCGGGGCAUAUCAUGAGCUAUCUUGGAGAUCACUGCAUGCUGCUUUCAUCUGGUCAGGCCUGCAGUUACCCAAUGAAGGGCACACACGCCAAAUACGGAGCCUUCGCGUACAGCAGUGCAUACGGUUAUUCUGUGCCACCAGGUCUGUUUACUCUGGAACAGUACGCCCUGGCGUCUCAGCUCGGUCUCUCGGACGACGGUGGAGAAUUCUGGAAGACGCGGAGAAAGUCUGAAUACGCCAGGCUCGAGACACGAGACGACAAGCCAGUUCUCGUGUCCAUUUGGAAGCCAUUUCCCGACGUCACAGUGAAAACCAUCCUGGUGCCGCCGGAGGAAUCAACUCCAAAUUGGCAUCUGAGAAUCCACAAGAUUGAGGCCGGCCGCGAGGUCAUGACAGCGGAUGGCUCAUUUGCGAUAUGCAACGAAAGAGCCGUCGACGGGCGCUACCUGGACCCGUACGACGCAGACAAGGGCGAGGGCACUUACCCCAAGAUUAUCGGGAAUUACGACCUGAACACCCCCGAGGGCUGGGCCACGGGGAAGCAGGGGGCCUUUGCCGUCUCCAAAGGAGCCGUGGGCAUCAAGGCGCUCGAGGAUAGUGGUAACGAGGGUGAGCGCAACGCCAUGCUGGUGAACGCGGACCCCAACUCCAACCUUGUCGAGAGCAGGACCGUCAUCCCCACGCUGCAGCACACAGUCAAGGCAGGCGGCGUGGCUUGGUACGUCUCGGCAAUCUACGCCAAACCGUCCGGGAAGGGCAUCGCGCGGGGGAGUUACCUCGAUGGAUGGGAGAAGGUGCCUGAGGUUCCGUGGUGGGCGAGGGAGGAGAAGGGGGCGCAGAUUUAAUCAAUCAGGCAGCCAACAAGCCUUAUUCCUGCAGCACAGUUUCUUGACGUCUCAGAAUUAACUGCAGCCAAGGAAAUUCUCCGAUAUCUUGCGUGACGAACUUGAUGUCUCUCUACCUUGGUCGGCGACAUGUGUUUGUGUCCGACUGUGAAUGCCAGACCCUCUUCUCCCCCUGAUUCUAUACCUAGUCAGUCAGUUCCGAAACAGGGCUUUUUGAGGUCUGGCUCGUAGCCCUCUCGGUGCCUUCGGGUCAUAUGAUUGGAAGUAACUGGGGGAGCGGCACGCCCAUGUGUGUGUACUUAAAAAUUGCGGAUAGCUGCAGAGAAGCAGUAUGUGCCCUCGGGAACGAUUGGAGGAGUCUUGGUGAAAUGCGUAGGAUCUACUCUAAAAUCUCUAAUUCGAUGUCGACUAGCCUAGCCUUUUUCCACAUUAGAUAAUUUGGCCACCGCGGCAGGAAGCGUG